GUGAGACAGAUGGAGAGGGGAAUGAGAAGUGAAAGAUUCCUGAGGAUAAAUCACGAGUGAAACUGAAAAAGUGAGAGUGACAGAGAGCCUGAGGGCGGAGAGAGAGAGAGAGAGAGAGAGAGAGAGAGAGAGAGAGAGACAGAGAGAUAGAGGAGUGGAUGAUAGAGAGCGCGAGACUCAGAGAGCGCGGGAGGGAGAAAGAUGGCCACGAUCACAGCGCAGAAUGGCUUCAGCACCGCGAACAGCUCCGGCAGAAUGAACGGACUCAGUUGCGUGAUCCCCAUGAAAGAUCAUGACGCCAUCAAGCUGUUCAUCGGUCAGAUCCCGCGCAACCUGGAGGAGAAAGACCUCAAGCCGCUCUUCGAGGAAUUCGGACAGAUCUACGAGCUCACGGUGCUCAAAGACCGAUUCACCGGGAUGCAUAAAGGAUGUGCCUUUCUAACAUACUGUGCCAGAGAGUCGGCGCUGAAGGCCCAAAGCGCUCUCCAUGAACAAAAGACUCUACCUGGGAUGAACCGACCCAUCCAGGUGAAACCGGCCGACAGUGAAGGACGAGGAGAAGACCGGAAGCUGUUUGUCGGGAUGCUGGGUAAACAGCAAAGCGAGGACGAUGUCCGGCGGUUGUUUGUGUCAUUUGGUCAGAUAGAGGAGUGCACCGUCCUCCGGGGGCCUGAUGGGGCCAGUAAGGGCUGUGCUUUUGUAAAGUUUUCCAGUCAUGCAGAAGCUCAGGCUGCUAUUAACAGUCUUCAUGGAGCCCAGACAAUGCCAGGAGCUUCCUCUAGUCUGGUGGUGAAGUUUGCAGACACUGAUAAGGAACGGACUCUCCGCAGGAUGCAUCAGAUGGCUGGUCAACUUGGGAUCUUUAGUCCUAUGACUAUACAGUUUGGAGCUUAUGGAGCAUAUUCCCAUGCUCAAAUAAUACAGCAGCAGGCAGCGCUCAUGGCAGCGACGCAGGGCUCGUAUCUCAACCCAAUGGCUGCCAUCGCAGCCGCUCAAAUGCAACAAAUGGCAGCUUUCAACGUCAAUGGCCUGGUGGCUGCACCUAUGACACCCUCUUCAGGUACCAGUACACCACCAGGCAUCAGUGCCACAGCAGUGCCCAGCAUCACAGCUCCCAUCAGUUUGAAUGGAUUCAGCACUCUCGCUCCACAAACCAAUGGACAGCAUGGCUCCGAACCCAUCUAUACUAACGGGAUCCAUCCGUACCCUGCACAGAGCCCAACGUUGACGGACCCCCUCCAGCAAGCAUAUGCUGGCGUGCAGCACUAUGCAGCAGCCUAUCCUGCCGCGUACGCACCGAUUAGCCAAGCGUUUCCCCAGCAACCGGCCAUCAUCCCCCAGCAACAGCGAGAAGGACCGGAGGGUUGUAACCUGUUUAUUUACCAUCUGCCGCAAGAGUUCGGCGACGUAGAGCUCAUGCAAAUGUUCCUGCCCUUUGGCAACGUCAUUUCCGCCAAAGUCUUUGUGGAUCGUGCCACCAAUCAGAGCAAGUGUUUCGGUUUUGUAAGCUUCGAUAACCCAUCCAGUGCUCAGGCAGCAAUUCAGUCCAUGAACGGUUUUCAGAUCGGCAUGAAGAGACUCAAAGUUCAGCUCAAGCGGCCAAAGGAUGCCAACCGCCCAUACUGACCCUGAACUGACCAAUAUCACGUCCACUCACAGGAUGAAGGACGUACAACACCUUAUUUCCACAAGUGCAGUAUCAAAGACUUUUGCUCUGCUACAUAUCACAGACGGCAAGC